AUGCAUCGACUUUUUGCUGAGCUGGAGCCAUCUGUAACUGUCACCGCACAAAACCUGGCAGACCGAGUUCGGUAUAUCUUGCGCUCAAAUAUAUUUGAUGACGUCAAACUCGAACGGCUACGACGGGAGGCUUUUCCCUCAUCAAAUGAAAAUGCUACGACUAAGGAUGCGGUGCCACAAGUUGCAGAACAACCCGCACACGUGGAUACCGCCGCGAAUACCCCAGUGGCUGAUUCAAAUGAUGAUGGAACAUUCGCCCAGGAACUAGAAAUAGAGCAAAUGAGGAGUACAUUGGAAGAGGCGAUUAUGGAAACGCACAAUACGCCUCUCGAAAUUCGACCGCGACUUCCCCGCAUAGCCCUAAGCAAGCGGAAUCGGGCAGUCGUGAGGGCUCUGAACCCAAUGAUGGUGACCUAUUUGGAAACCAGCCGGGACCUUUGCGAUACGGACUCAAUUCUUUUUGGCGCCGCGCUGGCAGUCUGCCGUAUCAUAGGCGCCAAAGUUUCCACGGCUGGACGCGCUACUGGCCAAAGUAGCGCUAUCCCAGCAUGGAGAAAAAGAAUUGAGGAGCGUAUCGCAAAAACUAGAACUCUCAUCGGCAGACUGAUAUGCUUCAGAUCAGGCAAUAACAGGCCAAAAAUUGUGCGCACCGUCAGGAUGGCAUUUACUGGGACAAAUGUCAGUUUUUCCUGA